AUGUCUGAGACAGUUGCAAAACGGCAUAAAGUAACAAAAAUCAUAGUUUCGUCUCCUCACAUCUACAAACCGGUUGGACCUUACAGUCAAGCAAUAUUAGUAGACCAUACUCUAUACAUCUCUGGAGUACUAGGACUGGACCCACAAGCAAAGUUGGUGGACGGUGGUGCUGAAAACGAAGUACGCCAGGCUUUGAAUAACUUGAAACACGUCUUGGAAGCUGGUGGGUCUUCCCUUGAAGCUGUUGUCAAGACAACCAUUCUACUUGGAAAUAUAGACGACUUCAAAACUGUUAACGAAAUAUAUGGUCAAUUUUUCACCAGAGACUGUCCAGCCCGAGCAACAUUUCAAGUGGGAAAAUUACCCCUUGGCGCUGCAGUGGAGAUUGAAGCCAUAGCUUUGAGUGGAGAUUUGACUAUAGCAGAGGCCGGACCAUGUCCUUGUUCAAAAUAAUAUUCCAACUAAAUAAAAAUACAAAAAAAUCAUGUUUGUGACACCCAAGGGAAGUUAUUUACGUAAUACUUGUCAAAGUCAGAUUACAACCCUAACAGUUUUUUUUUAA